AUGACCUUUGACCAAACAAGUCUAACCAUCGAUAAUAGUGACAGAGGAAUGGGUCGAGGUAAGCUGAUAGGAGGAGAGAAUAGUGAGAAUACUGAUCAUGUGGCUAGAGGCCCCCAAAUCAAUAAUCUACGGUGUCGAAGAGGAAGCAAGGAGAGCGUGUGUACCUAGCGUGGAGGAGGCCAGAAGUGAGGUGAGACUAGUAGAGGUGGAAGCGUCAGUAUCAUUGGCAUGGCAAAGGAUGUCACACUCUACAAGUGUCAAGGUCACGUGGAAGGUAGGAGCUGGAACAUGGGAUAGAGUGGAGGACGCUAGAGUUGAAGUUAUUGUCAACUAUGCAGAAGUAGGCUUGUCGAACUAUUUCCAACACUUAGUAGUCGGAUGAUUCUACUUCCCACAAUAUGACUUUAUGAUUCUAGACUCAUUAUUUCUAAGAAAAUUGAAGUCUAAAUAGACAAGUGAUAAGUUUUCAUUAUUAUGAGUUAAUAAUUAGUAAAUAAUAUAGUUUUAGCCUUAACUCAUGAUAAAUAGACUUAUAUUUGUGUUAAAGUGUGAAAAGUAGUUUUUAGUUGAUUAAUGUGAAUUUUUGGUUAAUUAUGUGAUUUUUUAGAAAUUUAUAUAAUUUUUAUAGUUUUAUUUUUGAGAUAGAUGAAAAAAAAGAAAUAAAAAUAAAAAUAUAGCAAAAUGGGGGGGGACUCGUCAGCCAACCGGGCCCACAAGUAGGUCGGAAGCGCAGUCGGGGAGGAGCCUCGAGCAGGGGCUCAAGUAGCUAGGACCGAUGAGGGCACGUGUGUGUCACUCCCCUUCCACGUCACUGGUAGCCAGCCGGCUGUGGGGCAAGGAGUGGUCGUACACGUAGGAGAAAGGGACUCAUUGCUUGGGUAAUAUUACUAUAUAUUCGUCCAAAACUUUGGUACAUAAGCAAUGUGGGACUAAACCCGCGUCACACCUUCCCCUUGAAAGGGUUUAAAGAUUUUAAUACCUAAAAUACUCCUUAUUUAUAAUAGAGAUAUAUCAUGAUGACGUCACUUGAUAAGGGCAUUAGAGUACUUAUUUCAAUCUGUCUCAUGCAGGCGGGCAACUGACGUGGGUUCGAAUCUUCUUAGAGCCAAAACUUGUAUUUUUAUCUAAUUAUUCGUGACUUUUCUACAGAUCAUCAGUGAAGGAUUAAGCUAUUAGAAUCGUUGGAUCAUUGGCGAAAAUCUCGUCAACGCGAUUUGCAAAGCAUUGUUACUAAAAUUACUAAAUAAUUCGCGAUAA